AUGAGCGAGUACCUGGAUUUCUUUCGGGCGGAAGUGUUGGGGCGGAAUGGAGUCGGUGGGGCCUCGACGAAGCAGCAGGUGGAGGCCCUGGGCCGCGUGGGGCUGCUGUGCGAAGUGCUGGGCUCCAGCAGCACGCGGCUGCUGCUGCUGCCGCUGCUGGCGGAGCUGCAGCAGCAAGUUGGCUGCUGCGACGAGCUGCUGUCGCUGUUUGCUGUGCAGUGGAGAGCAGCAGCAGACACAGCAGCAGCAGAUGCAGCAGCUUCUGAGCAAGAGCUCAGAGAUUCACUUUGCUGCUGCGCCGACGCCCUCGCCCAGCUCGCAGCAGCAGAAGAGAAAUGCGUUCGAAACGAGGCGGUGACUUCACUUUUGUCUUUGUUGGAUUUGCUGAGGACUCCGUCUCGAGAGAUAUUAGCGAGAGAAAAGCUGCUGCCGCUUUCUGUGUCUUUAGCAGCAAACGAAAGCUGCCUGUUUGGCCGCUGCGCUGCAGCACGGCUGCUGCCGCGGCUGCUGCGCUUUGCUGCUGCUGCUGCUGCUGCUGCUGCUGCGCCGCCGCAGCCCCCGGACGGGCCACUGGUCAAGCGCGAGGUGCAGCACGAGGGGCCGGCAGCAGCGGACUGCGCGCCUUCGCCGACCCCUGCUGCCGCUCCUGCUGCUGCUGCUGCAGCAACCGCUGCUGCCCCUGCUGCUGCUCCUGCUCCUGCUGCUGCUGCUCCAGCUGAAGACCCAGCCGGGCCCACCACAGCCAAACAAAUUCUACGGCUGUUCGAGGGCCUCUGUGCUGACGAGUCCUUGUUGGUUCGCCGCGAGGCGCUGCAGCAGCUGCCAGCCCUUGUGCACGGCGCGCGGGAAGCAGCAGCAGCAGCAGAAGCAGCAGCAGCAGCAGCAGCUGCUGCGGCGCCUUCCGCCGCGGCAUCAGCUUCUGCCUCGGAUUCUGCUGCUGCAGCUGCUGCUGCUGCUGCUGCUGCAGACGAGGUGGCAACGGCCGCGCUUCGCAUCCUUCGAGAGGCCUUGGGAGAGACUUCU